GCUGGCAAAAGCAACAACAGCAAACAGCGCAGCACAGGCACAAAAACACAUGACGCUUGGCGUUCAGUUUCGCUUGCUAUUGUGCGUGCGUGUGUGUUUGGGUGUGUGGGUGCGUGUUUGGUAGGGAAAUGCGGUGGUGCAGUAUUGAACAGGGCCGUGUACAGCAAGCGAUCCCAACUCCUGUUUACGGUUGCCCCGGAGCGGCGGCAGCAGCAUCACGAAAAGGAAUAGAGUGAACAACGGCGGGUGUGGUGUGUGUGUGUGUCCGUCCUAUGUCGCCUCCGUGUGUUGAAGAGUGAUACGCCCCGAGAGAGAGAGAGAGAAAAAGAGAGCAGCAAAAAAACAAGAAAGUUCCGUACGAACCCGCACCCGUUUUGUUAUUUUUUUUGUUUAACUCUCCCCCGUUUUUUUUUUGCUCAAUCUGGCGUGGACGGAAAAUGUUCUCCAGGCAGCCGUCGGCACUGGCAGUUUGCCGCUCGCUCAACUAUUUUUGGCAUUGAUUUUACGACCGCAAGUGUGUCUGGUGUGCAGUACGGUGCUCUGGUGCUGGGCGGCUCAGUGAAAAGUACAAAGUGAAAUCAUAAACUCCCUCCCGGUUUCCGCGUCCCGACCUCCAGCUGCCUGUGCUGUCAAAAACCUUGAGCUCGAAUGCCCACCGGCAGCGGGCAGUGCCCGGGCGAGGAGGGUGAACGCGCACCGAGCAGCUAGUCCAGUAUUAGUCAUUUUGUAGCACAGUUUACUCAGCUCAGCACGAAAGAACACGAAAAGUGUGCAUACCUGCACGCGCACAAACACAAUCCAGCGUCCAGAAAACCAUCAAACGGCUGUGGUUUGCUCAAUCUUCAAUCCCAUCAAAGCUCAAACACCUCAAACAACCCGAGGACAAAGGGAACAACAAUGCGCUAAAGGAGAAAGAAGGUCGCGCGACACAACCAAACACACACACAUACCGUGUUAAACACGCAGACACGCGCAACCGCGUGCGGGGGGAAAGCAUGUCCAACACGGUCGAGGAUGACGCCACCGGCGGCAUCCAGGGGCAGCACGUACUCGAGCGCAUCAGUUCGCUGCUGAACGGGGCCGCGGCCGCCUCCUCCACCACCUCCUCCAGUGCGACCGGAGUUGGUGGUGGUGCGGCGGCCGGCCUCGUCCUGGAGGACAUCACGCAGUCGCGCACCGUCCACGAGGAGGAGAUACUGCUCAUCAACGGCAUACCGGUGCGGCUGCCGGCGGAAAGCGCCGACCAUGGUGCGGUGGACGAGGACGCCGCUUCGAUACGGGACGCGCUGCGGGCGGGCGAGAUACCGUCCAUCGUCGUGCUGAACCGGAUCAUCGAGAAGCUGCACCGGAGCAGCCCGGGACCGGGGCUGGUCGUCGCGGUCGAAACCUCCCUCACCGUAUCGAACUGCCGCAAGACGACGGAAACGUGCGUGGUGCAGCCGAUCGGGAGCGGCCGGCCGGGCGACCCGGUACUCGACCCGUGGGAGGUGACCGAGGAGCGGAUGGAGAAGCAGCUGUACAGCAGCCGGACGGUCGAGAUGACGGAGGGCAUCGGUGGCAGCUAUCAGCGGGGCGUGGCGGACGGUGGAGGAGGGGGAGGAGGAGCUGGCCGGCUGGCGAACCAGAAGCGCUGCUGGCCGAGCGGUAGCGUCGAUUCUGGCCAGUGGACCGAAACGGACGCACCGCCGGAAGUGAGGCAAACGACAGUGGAUCCGGCCCUGUACGCCAAAGCGGACGAUCUGCUGCUGCACUACACCGAGGGGAACCUCAUCUCGGGCACGCUCGAGGGUCUGCUGACCCACUUCACGCCGACCGGUUCCUACCUGCCCGACCGGUCGUUCAUCUUCACCUUUCUGCUUGCCGCCCGCCAGUUCCUCCGGCCGGACGAGAUACUGGAGCGAACGCUGCGGGCGGCCGUCGCGAACGGGGGCACCGCCAACCUGCCCCACCUGCUCGCCGCCUGGAUGAACGACUUCCCGUACGACUUUCGGGACGAGCGGAUGAUGCGGCUGGUGCGCAGCUUCACCGAGCAGCAGUCGGCGGGCGGGGGAGGCCCUCCACCACCCACUGGCCGGCCGCACGAUCCGCCCGAUCGGGGGAAGGCGCGCGAGCGCAGCACGCUGUCCCGGGCGCUGCGCCGGCUCGCCCACCGGCUGGCCAAGCUGGAGCGGUACGAGGUGGAGAAGGGCCCGCUCGGGCCACCGGCGAAGGGGGGCGGGCUGGACGACUGGAAGACGGCACCGGCGCUGGUCGAGCUGGCGAGCGGGUCGCCCGUCCUGAUGGCGAACACGCUCACCGCGAUCGAGGCGGAGCGGUUCUCCUUCAUCGGGCUGGAGGAGUUCUUCCCGCCGAGCGGCCAGUCGGCCGGCGCGUCCUGCUACCGCGGGACCGGCCCGACCGGAAGCAAUCUGCUCGCGUACGUGCAGUGGUACAACCGGCUGACGUACGUGGUCGCGACCGACAUACUGCGGUCGCCCCGGAAGCGGCACCGGGCCCGGGCCGUCGAGUUUUGGAUCGAAACCGGGCGGGAGUGCUUCAAUCGGGGCAACUUCAACAGCCUGAUGGCCAUCAUUGCCACGCUGACCGGCGGUCCGAUCGGGCGGUUAAAGAAAACGUGGACGAAGGUUACCUCCUCGUCGUCGUCCCUGCUGUCCGGCAUGACCUCCUCGAGCAUGAUCUCCAGUGCCAGCGGCAUCGGCAACAGCUCCUCGACCUGCAGCAGUGCGGCCGGCGGUGGCCGGCAGCAGCUCGCCAUCCUGGAGCACCAGGCCGAUCCGACGAACAACUUCGCGACGUACCGGGCGACCCUGCACGCUGCCGCCUGGCGCAGCUGCCCCGCCAGCGCACGGUCCUCCUCCACGUCCUCCUCCUCCUCGUCCAAGUCGUCGCGGCACAACUCCUCCUGCUCGUCGGACGACGGCCAGGGGCCAACGAGCGCGAAAAAGGGUUCGGCCGUCGCGGUGCUGCCAUUCUUCAGCCUGCUGCUGAAAGACCUACACUUUCUCAACGAGACGAGCGGCAGUUCGAUCCUGCCGAACGGGCACAUCAACUUUGACAAAUGGCGCCAGCUGGGCGAGCGGCUGUCGGAGGUGCGCCGCUGGCAGCGGCAGAGCAGCUACCAGCGCCGCUGCCGGGUUGGCCGGCGCCACAAGUCGGUCACGUCGGCGGAGGUGGCGGCCCUGCGCGAUGCGAUCGAGCGGGGCCCAACCAUAGGCGACCGGGAAACGGCGGCGAUGCAUGACGCGAGCACGAAAGCGUCCACCGGCCGGGACCAACUGGACGCCGGUGGUGGUGCUAACGACGACGGAGAGCGCGGCGCAGCCGCCCUGGCCAAAGUGAGCUAUGAGCGGGAGGCGCCGGAAGGGGCGGUGGAAAAAUCGCACUGGAAAUCAUUGCAACAGUAUCAUGCUUAAGCGUAAGAGAAAAACGGGGAAGGAGCGACGAGCUUCACAGUCACACAAAGUCAUACGAGAAGCUCGUUCGUGGGGAACAAUGAAAUCGACAGUAUAGGCAGACCGUGUAGUGUACCGCAUAAGUCAUUAUCUAUUUAUUUUAUGGAUGUUUUUUUAUAUUUAUAAUACGGCAACCAGAUGGAUGUGUAUGUGUAUGUUUUAUUGAGGGAGUUCAUUUUUUUUUAUUGCAAAAAAAAAAACCCGCAGCGAUAGAUGUUAAGGCAAGCAAACAUAACAAACACACACAGCUAUGCAAAAAAAGAAGAAAAAACACAAAAAAUGGAACAGGUCACAGGGGGAACGAACGAGGUAUUGUGAUUUUACAGCUUUUUUAAUGUUAAGGGCAGGGUUUAGUGUUUAGGUUUUUGGUCAGCAUUUUGGGCCCCACAACAGCCCAACACUAACGGACGGUGCAUAAUUUGUAGCGUUGCAUAGCGUGCAGUGUGGGGGGCAUGGUUUCGCUCCCACUCCACUCUACCCGCGCCAGCCCACUAGUGCUCCCCUUCCAACUCUACAUGGCCAAAAAGGGGGGGAGAAAAACGGAAACAGAAGAAAACCCGCACAGCUUUUUACGUGAUUGCCAAUCGUUUUAGUAUAGAUAGGGUGCCUGUGCAUUGCCAAGAGAACCACAACUACAAACGAAACACCUCCACAAACAAACCACAGCGAGUAAACGAAAACCCCCCAGGGCUGCACAUUCCGCGACGCGUUUGGUCUGUAGUCGCGAAGAAGGAGAAUGGGAUCUGGAGCGAAUGAAAAGGGAAGAACUAUACGGUACGUACACCAAACCCACAUACACACACAGAUAAUCUCAGUAAACACACGGAACCCGAUCGCAUUUUUGCCGCGCGACCACCCACAAACCAACGUGCGUGCGGCCGCCACCUACUGCGCGUUUUGCCGCCAUCGCAUUGCCCACACGCGCUCUGUGUGCGCGUGUGUGUAUGUGCACAGGGUGCAUUUUUUUGUUAGUUUGUUUGUUUGAUUGUUUUAUGUUUUAGCUUUUAGAAACAGCACGCGUGUGCUACUUCCAGAAACAGUAUAUUUCCAGCUGUUCAGCUAUUCAAUCUCAGCAGCAAAUUUGGCGUCCAAACCAACCCCUCCCCAUCCUGGGUUUAGACACCGGACCCGGAGAGCGGGGAGGAAGAAGAGCGCCAAUCUUUAAACCGUGACAGAGGCGGACAGAUGUACGAAUGGUAUUAUGAGUUAGUUUCAGGAUUUUUUUUAAAUGUUUUAUUCUCAUGUCAAUCAUCCCAUCCAUGACAUCCGAUCAGCAAACCGAGAAACGAUGAGGAAGAAGAAAAGGGAGAUGCCAAAUAGUGAAUGUUCUUUUCUUUUUUUUUUUUGAAAGUUUGCUUAACUCUCUAAACCACCGUAACGUCCUCAGGCAGACGGAGCGCGCCUUUGUUCGCUUGGUGGAAUGAUAGGAGGGUAACACUAGAAUAGCACAAAAAGAGAAGAAAAGAGAGAAGAGAGAGAGAGAGAGAGAGAGAGAGAGAGAGAGAGAGAGA